AUGAGCCGUGUGCGGGGGCUGCUGUGCCGGGCCUGCCUCGCGCUGGCCGCGGUCCUGGCCGUGUUGCUGCUGCUGCCGCUGCCGCUGCCGCUGCCUCGCGCGCCCGCACCGGAACCCGAUCGGAUUCCGACCCCUGGUCUGACUCUCGAGGUCUCCCGCCUGCAGCCCGACGACGUCUUCAUCGCAGUCAAGACCACUCGGAAGAACCACGGCCCGCGCCUGCGGCUGCUGCUGCACACCUGGAUCUCACGAGCCCCUCGGCAGACGUUCAUUUUCACUGAUGGAGACGACCCUGAGCUCCAGCUGCUGGCCGGAGGCCGCAUGAUCAACACCAAUUGCUCUGCCGUGCGCACACGCCAAGCACUGUGCUGUAAAAUGUCAGUGGAAUAUGACAAGUUCAUAGAAUCUGGACGAAAAUGGUUCUGCCACGUGGAUGACGACAACUAUGUGAACCCCGAGAGCCUGCUGCAUCUGCUUUCCACCUUCUCUUCCAGCCAAGACAUCUACCUGGGGCGACCCAGUCUGGACCACCCCAUCGAGGCCACCGAGAGGAUCCAGGGUGGCGGCACCUCUAACACAGUGAAGUUCUGGUUUGCUACUGGUGGGGCUGGGUUCUGCCUGAGCAGGGGCCUUGCCCUCAAAAUGAGUCCAUGGGCCAGUCUAGGCAGCUUCAUGAGCACGGCCGAGCGGGUUCGGCUGCCGGAUGACUGCACAGUAGGCUACAUUGUGGAGGGGCUUCUGGGUGCCCGUCUGCUGCACAGUACCCUGUUCCACUCCCAUCUGGAGAACCUGCAGAGGCUGCCGUCCGAUGCCGUUCUGCAGCAGGUCACCCUGAGCUAUGGGGGUCCUGAGAACCCACGUAAUGUGGUGAAUGUGGCUGGAAGUUUCAGUAUACAGCAGGACCCUACACGGUUUCAGUCUGUGCACUGCCUUCUCUAUCCAGACACCCACUGGUGUCCUAUGAGGGACAGGGGUGAGGUAGCUUUUCAGUAGCUGAUGGCCCCUGGUGGCUGCCCUACCUGGCUCCCUCAGACCUUGGACUCAAGCAAUCAGCAGAAGACGAGGCUGCUUGAAGACCUCACACAGUCCCUCUUCCAGUUGGACACCAGGUACCUCGGGAAAGUGAGGACAGCGAGCUGUGCAUGCCAAGGUCAUCCAGGAGCGUGGAGAAAGACAAUGCGCCAAGCCGCAGAUGCUCCUAGCCUAACUUGAAGGUCUUCCCACUGAUAAAGUCUACUACCCCAGUGACUGUGGCCCAGGAGGGGACUGGUUCCCAGCCUCCUACAGCUGCAGCUUCUCCUCGCCUGCAGAAGAUGGUGCAGGGUGGGCUGGUCAUUAAGGAAUGGGCUCCAGGCCUGGCCACAGACUCUUCCUGGAGGGCUCACAGGGCCACUGUCCAGACACAGAGUGUGCAGACUAGCCGGCCAAUGGAUGCCCCAAGGCUGUGCUUCCAAGUAGCCCUGCUGUUCUUCCAUUACCUCAACCCUUGGCCUCCCUGAGCUUCCCACAGAUCAAUGCGGCUCAAUGAGAGCCUUUCCUUUAGGCCCCUCAGGAGCAGGAUGCAGACCCAGAACCUUUUAUAGGGGUGCACUGUGGGGAAGUAGUUACGGUACUGAGUAAAGGCUCCUUUGUCAUUCUUAGUUUGGCUCCUCUUGUAAUGAGUGACCAAGAA